AUGAAAUUUGCGUUGCCGGACGAUCUCGGCAACAGUGUUGUGAUGGCAGUUGACCAACGGCCAUCAAUUGAGACGUUUGAUUCAUCUACAGGUUCAUCUUCUAAUUUACCUACUGAUCUUGCAAUCGAUAAUCGUGCUAUUCAUGCUCGCGCUGUUCCAAUAUAUCCUAUUGUACCUCGCAGUGUUUAUAGCUCUCCCGAUGAUAAUAUUAAGUCGAUGCAAACAGCUAUUAAUGACUACACAAGCCAUUAUAUAGAGCAAAGAAGAAAUGAGUCUAUUGAGCGUGAUAUGUAUACCGCUGAACUUAUUCAAACUGUAAUUAAUUUAUCGCAAGUAAACAUUUCCAAGUUCAAUGAGCAGGUGGAUAACCGAAUAGAGUCACAGAGACGAGAGGUACAAGAUAUCAUAGCUAAAGAAAAAGAAAGAAUACGACUUGAGCAAGAAGAGCAAGAGCGGCAGCGUAGAUUGAAGGAAGAGGCAAGAUUAAAAAAAUUAGAGGAGGAACGACGAAAAAAGAAAGAAGAAGAGGAGCGUAAGGAAAAAGAGCGUCAGCGAAUUGAGGCAGAAAGAAAACGAAAGGAAGAAGAAAGACAGAGAAAGGAAGAGGAAAAAAUAAAGUUGGAAAAGGAGCAACAGAAAGCCCUUGAAGCUGAAGAGUUGAAAAAACAACAAGAAAAAGCAAGGAAUUCAAACUUUACGGAUUUCAAUAGCGUUGAAAAAGAAUUUUACAAGUACAAAAACGAUAUUGAAGACAUCAAGAAAAACGUUAAGGAGCAAGUUAAUCAGAACAAGGAACUCAAACGCCAAGUUAAUACUCAUAAGAGAAAGAUUAACCCGAAAUUCGGCCAACUUUCGAGCUCUUUAUCUCACACGGAACAGCUUACUUCUGAAGUAUUAGCACUAGUUGAUCCAGUUAAGCAAUUUGACGAUCUUGCAUUUAAAUGGAUCCUUAAUUACAUUGCAAAGGCAAUAGUGCAUCAAGCAGAAACCGAAGUUAUUGUGCGACCGUUUGCUGCUUUGCCGCUUGCCAUUUUGGCCAAUAGAUUGCUAACGAGAUACUCUGAGUUUGAAUAUUUCCUCUCGGCACGUUUUGUCAAGAAAUGUCCCUACAUCAUAGGUUUCACUGACCCGAUGACCACUGUUGAAGGUAGAUUGCGUAUGAACUGGAAAAGAUUCGGAGAGAAUGAUUGGGAGAGCGAAGUUAAGUAUGAUGAAAGAGUUGCCGGUAUUUGCACCGUGUGGGCGGUUUUGUCUCGGAUGCAAUCGGAGCAUCAAGAGUAUGGUAUCUUUUCAAAUGCGUCGAGCUGGCAGUUUGCCGCUAGGACAUUAAACACUAAUGUGCUGUUAUUAAGAAAUACUCAUUUCGAGUUGUUGGCUAAUUGGUGGGAGGCCGGCGCAGCUCAGUUUCAGCAAGUAUUUGGACGGCAAGCAAUUAAAGUCAUGAAAUUAAUGGUUAUUGAACUUACUAAUGCUGUUGCUGAUAAAAAAUUUCCGUCUGCAGCAAGAUUGAGGUUGCUUGGUGAGGAGUGGUUAAAUUCUGGUCGCAUAAAGUCGUUAAAAGAAAUGGAGGCCUAG